AGUCUAUGACGUCAAGGAACCAAACUUUGUGACGUCAUUGAAAGUUCAUGACCUUCCCGAACCAAACUUUUUUUCUCCGAAAGUUUGACGGACCCGUUUUAAGAUGGCUCAAGCUCUGAGAAGCAUUUUCGGAAGAAAGAAAGAGAAGAAAUGGCAGGAGUUGCAUAUCUACCAACUGCGUCUCGAGACCUGCCAAAGGUCCUUGUCAGCAGCCAGAGUAUUGGCACAUGCGACGAGGGCGAACGUGGCUCAUCUGAUUGAAGUGAACAGGAUACAAUCGGAGAUGCUACUAGAAAAAGAAAAAAUGUUGGAGGCUUUUCUCCGACAGGAGAAAGAAGAAAACAACCAAUUGAAGGAGAUGAAACGUUUGGAAGAGGAGAAAUCAAAGGAAGUAACUAGUCAGGUGACCGCUUCAUAUUCACAUGGUGAUGUUCUGACGGGUGAGGAUCCGGAGAAGGGUGAGGAUCCGGAGAAGGGUGAGGAUCCGGAGAAGGGUGAGGAGAUGGAACAAGGGAAGGAGCAGGAGAGGCAGGAGAAGGAGAAUGAGAAUGAGAGAGAGAGAGAAAUGGUUUAUUGCCAUUGACAUUAAAAACUCUUGCAGCACAUUUA